UUUUUGAGCUUGUUCAUUUAUGGGGGAAUAUGCUGCUUCUGUUGUUUGUCGAACGAUAUAGAAAAAAAAGAAAAAAAAUAUGCAUAUAUAAUUUUCAUAUCGUCCAUAUUAUUUUUUUUGUAUAACUUAUAUAAUUUAUUUUCCUAUCAAUAUGACCCAAUAAACAAAGAUGCCAUAAAUACCUUGUACGUACUCAUAAAUAUAUUAAUAUCUAAGAAGAAUUAUCUUUUAAUUGUUUCUUGGAUUAUUAUAACUAUAAGCUAUUUAAUAUACAUUAACACUCUAAUAAAAAAGAAAAAAAAACUUCCCUAUGUUAGGAAGCACUAUCACUUUCUUUUAUUUACUAAUGUAUAUUUAGCAUUUAUAACAAAUAAGGUUGACGUUCUAAUCAUAUUUCUCUCCUUUUGUUUUUUUCUUUUCAUUUUUGUUGAGCUUAUAAGAAAAAUAUGUGAACAUUUUCUUCCAUCAUGUAAAGUCAUAAAAAGGUUUAUAUCCAGAUUUAUAGAUGAGCGCGAUAAUAAAGGGUUGGUUGUUACUCAUAUUUAUCUUUUAACGGGAGUAUAUAUACCCAUUUUAAUAGAUAUAAUAUUUAAUAAGAGUAAUUAUAUAAACAGAAAAAAUCAAAGCAUUUAUAAUUUUAGUAAAGCUAAUUUUACGUUGUAUACCUCGGCAUUGAACACAAUAUGUAUAGGAGAUUCGAUGGCUGCGAUUGGUGGUAUGCUAUAUCCAUGGCCUAAAAUAAAGAACACAAAUAAUAAAUCCUGUGCAGGUUCCUUAUUUUUUUUUAUUAGUA